UAAUAUUGUACCACUAUAAACCCUUGGACAUUUUUUGCCUACGCCUACUCGACGAUCGGUGCUUUCCUCCAAGAAAUGAGCGACCAUGGGCGACCAACACCAAGACGCCGGCAACGGCCGGAGGAAAAGGAGGAGGAGGACAAGAUCUCUUCUUCUUCGGGUAAAUCUGUUGCUGCCAAGGGUACGCCGUGGUGGUCGGAGAAGAGGAUCUGGGCGGCUGCGCUUGCCUUCCGAGCCGCCAAUGCGCUGCUGAUCCAGACCUACUUCAACCCGGACGAGCACUGGCAGUCGCUCGAGGUUGCCCACCGCGUUGUCUUUGGGUAUGGUCAUCUCACCUGGGAGUGGAAGAAAGGAAUUCGCAGCUACCUCCAUCCUUUGGUCUUCGCUCUCCUCUAUAAAGUCUUGGGUUUCCUUCGCUUGGACACCCCCUGGUUCAUGGCGAAGGCUCCACGGCUGCUGCAGUCCUUGUUUGCAUCCAUUGGAGAUGUGUACAUGUACAAGCUCUCAAAACUGAUCUUUGAUGAGCAUGUAGCAAGAUGGGCACUCUUUUGUCAAUUGAUGAAUUGGUUUAUGUUCUUCUGUAUUACACGGACAUUGUCAAAUAGCUUGGAGACAGUGUUAACUGUAGUGGGAUUAUUCUAUUGGCUCGCUUCAAGUGGUUCCUCAAAGCAACUUUCUGUGGCGUCAAGAAAGCUGGGUUUGUUCAUAGCAGCACUGGCAUGUGCAGUUCGGCCUACUAGUGCUAUCACAUGGUUGUACGUCGGUGUGCUGUAUCUGAUUAGGACGCAGUCCAGAUUGCACUUCCUCUUUUUUGAGGUAGUUCCCAUAGGGAUUCUAGUGCUUGCCAUGUCAUGCUUGUUGGAUUGGUGGAUGUAUGGAUCCUUCACCAUUGUGCCUCUUAAUUUUCUUAGGUUCAAUUUUUUUUCUUCUGGAGGGGACUACUAUGGCACCCAUCCAUGGCAUUGGUAUUUCACCCAAGGAUUUCCGUCCAUGCUUUUAACCUUUCUACCAUAUGCUGUAAUAGGCAUACUUAAAUCAAAAGAGUGGAGUAUUUCAGGUCUAAUUGCUUGGGUCUUAGGGAUUUAUAGUGUGCUCGGCCACAAAGAGUUCAGGUUUGUGCUUCCAGUGCUGCCAAUAGCUUUGAUAUUCUCUGGCUAUUCAUUAUCAGUGAUGUCAAAACCGGAUCUUCUGGAUAUGAAAAGAAGAAAAUCCCGACCUGGCAAUAAGUGUCCAUCGAGAGUGCAACUGGCUGUGUUGUUCCUUGUUGCAACUAAUGUUCCAAUGGCAUUAUAUAUGAGUUCAAUUCAUCAGAGAGGAAGUGAAGAUGUGAUGAUUUAUCUAUCAAAAGAAGCCCAUAAAGGAAAAGUGAGGAGUAUUUUAUUUCUAAUGCCCUGCCACUCCACACCUUAUUACUCCACUCUACACCAUGACCUGCCAAUGCGGUUUUUGGACUGCACGCCAAGUGACACUAAAGGGAUAUUGGAUGAGUCAGAUCGUUUUAUGAUAGAUCCACUUGGCUUUGUCAUGUCCAUGUUCACGAAUUCAUCAUUACCCAGUCACAUAGUAUUAUUCAGUUCUGAAGAAAAACAACUCCGUGAACUUCUUAUCUCGUAUUCCUUUGAUGAGAUUAAAAGAUUCUUCCAUGCCCAUUUUAAAGUGGACCGGGAUCUACAAGCAUCAGUGGUUGUUUAUGCUCUAACGUAACUUUGAUGCCAAAUUCUUCUCACGGGCUUGCUUUCUCCAAUCUGAUUUUCAUUUUCUUAAUUUGUAUCUGAUUCUGCUUAAUUCAUUCAAAAUAGUUCAAUGAGACACUAUGUAGUUUUGCAGUAGCCAACUUGAGUUUAAUAUGGUGAAGUUGUGGUUUAAGAUUAAA